CCGCAGGCCGGCUCAAGACGACGUGUUGAAAAUCGAACGCCCAGCAGCCUAGACAACCAUGGGCUUCGAAGCAGCUCCAGCUGCUGCUCCGAUCCAAAAGGAUGGCGGAGAUGACGACGCCAUGCUCCUCCAGUCGGUGAGGAUGAAGAUGUCGUCGCGUGAUCUGGAAGCCAUGCGUCGCGCAAGGUGGACAAUGAUCGAGGGGUCGGAUGGCGCUCCGUCCCAGCUCUACUCGCAGACCCCCGCCGUCAAGCCGGGUCCCCGGAGAUCAAGCUUGAACAAUGAGUUAGAAAUGGCAACAGAGCCUCCCCGUACAAGGUCGACAGGCGUUACCCCAAAGGUGCGAAGCGGUCGACCCCAGACGGCACCUUCUAGCAACGCGAACGGAGAGCUUUCCUCGCCUCCAUUCAAGCCAGACUACGUCAUUGCAGUCGUCGGACACGAUGGAGUAGGCAAGUCGACAGUCAUCAGGCGGGCAAUCAAGUCGUACAAUGUCUCCACUCCCGUUACAACGGCCACCCAUGAUGGACAUACCAUCACGUCGUCGUACGCCCAGAUCAAGGCCGGAGGAAAGUUGACCCACGACUGUGCAGUCGAGUUUGUGGAGGUCAACCUUCGCGCCCUCGACUUGUCUGGCGUUGCCAAGGUUUGGCCCGCACAGAUGCAGUCGGUGUCUGGUGCGAUACUGUGCUAUGAUGCCGACCGGCGUGAUACUCUGCGUGGAUUGUCCGAAGCGCUGCACCAGCUGUGUCCGGCCCUCCCCAUCGUGCUGUUUGCGUGCAAGUCCGACCCGGGUAAAAAGACAGAGGUCGACGCCCAGGUCGGCGACUCUAUCGGUCACCCAUACAACGUCGGUCUAAUCGAAGUCACAACAGCAACAACUCAAGGAAAGCACAAGAUGCGAACUGGCCUCCGCUGGCUGCUCUACCGUUUGGAGGAACGCCAACGCCGAGAGGCGCGCCGCGCGGCUGGUCGUGCUACGCCCGAUGGCACAAAGUCGCCGUCAUCGCCCGGACCUCCUUCUGGGCUCACAACGUCUGGCCUGACUAGCGACGAGAGGGCAAUCUUACGAGCCAAGAGCCGCCGCCCUACCCACGAGCGUGGGACUGGGAGUAUCGACGACUUCUCGGACACGCACUCCAGCUCGUCCAGUCUCGGCUGGAUGAUCAAGAAUGGUCUCGGCAGCUCGGCAACGUCGACAGAGGAGUCGCACGAGAGCACCCCCACGCUGGAAGGAGAGAAGAGCGCGGGGCCAGAGCAGCCAACUCCCUCCCAGACCCAGUCUCAGCCAUCGACCACUGGCGAGCCAGAACUCUACACCUCGCUCGAGGAGCUGAUGAACCGGCUAUUCACCGCCAUUGUCUCGACAGAGAACGAUGCCUUUGUCCAGGCAUUCUUCAUGACGUACAGACGCUUCUGCCACCCUCGAGACCUGAUGAAGGAGUUCCACGACCGCUUCGUCGAGGUCGAGCAGUACGCAGUGUCGCGCGACAUUCGGCUAUGGGCGCUCAUGAAGCUCGCGGGUGCCUUGGUAACUUGGACCACUAGGUACCCCGGCGACCUUGCCGACCCGGAGGUUCAAGCGCGUUUCCGCAAGACCCUCAGCCUCUUGCUGCAGCACACCUUCCUAGCGCACAUCACAUCCGAGUUGGUCAACGUGGAGCAGAGGUUUGACAGCACUGUCGACCUCGACGACUCGUGGUCGUACAACCCCCCGGCUGAACCUCUCCAAGACACCAAGGAGGCACCGCUCCUCGAGUCGGCCAACUCUGCCGUUGAGAUUGUGCUAGACAAGGAUGACGAGGUCGACUCGACCACACCAGUCAGCAAGAAGGCACCAUCGUCUCGCACCAUGUCCACGACGAGCUUGAGCAUGGAGGCCGACCCCUAUGCGCCGCGCAAGGGGCCUGCUUCGGAGCGCGCGACCACCGACUCGAGCUCGGACAUUUCGCGAUCAAUCGCGUCCAUCAACUCUGGCGACGAGUCUGGGCACCAGCGUUGGAAUGCCGCCGUUCAGACGAUCCUGUCGAUGGACCCGCACGUCUUCGCCCUCGAGUUGACGAGGAUGCAGUGGGAGUUGUUCUCUGCCAUUCGACCACGUGACAUCUUCCGCCACGACUUUGGAAAGGAGCGCGGCGACCCCGUGGGUGUGUCCAUCACGUUCUUCAACCACGUCUCGCGAUGGGUGUCGACUCUGAUCAUGGCCCCGUCCAAGCCCAAGUACCGCGCCAAGCUGUACGAGGCCUUUGUGCGCAUCUCGCACCAGCUCCGCCGCCUGAACAAUUACGACACGCUGUGCGCUGUAAUCGCCGGUUUGAGGGAGACGUCGGUUCACCGUCUCAGCCACACGCACCAGCAUGUUCGCCUCGACGCGACUCUGCAGCGCGAGUUCCAGAGCCACCUCAAGCUCAUGGACCCCCGUGGUGGCUAUGUCCACUACCGCCGUGCGCUGCAGGCCGACAGCACGUGCGGGCACGCGGCGAUCCCCCUCUUGACGACUGUGCUCAGCCUGGUCAGCCGGCUGCAAGCUGGCCGACCAGAGGACGUUCGGGCCGACGGCAUGAUCCAGUGGGACAAGUUUGCGCGCUUUGGCCAGAUUCUUUCUGUUAUCAACGAGUUUCAAGCUCGUGGCGCCAUGGUUCCAGGCCAUGUAACGCCUGCAUUCCGGCGGCUAAUGGAAGAGACGCCCAUUAUUGGAAACGAGGACGCACUGUACGAGCGGAGCAAGUUGAUUGAGCCAGGAGGAUCCCACGGGGGCGGCAUGCUGCGCAAGCUGGCCAGCCUGGCGUUGUAGAGCGGGUGGGGGGGUCUUGGCCUUGCGUGAAUUGCGCGAUAGAAGAAGGAAAGGACAGACGACAGAAGUUGAUUUUUGGGCUUUUCUAGCAUCCACAUGUACUACAACAC